AUGGCGGACCAAGGUGGGGGUCCCCGAGGCAAGGGACGUAGCAGCUACGACGGGUCUCCCCGAGACCACACCCUGUUCCCCGCCCACAUCCGAAUCCUUCGGCCCAGCCACCGGAAGUCACGGCGGACGGAGCGUUUUCGUGUGGACACUGCCCCGGGGCUCUCAGCAGCAAAUCCCGAGCCCGCGGCGGAGGCUCGAGGAGUGCCGGACAGGGACCCGGGAGGAAUGCCAAGCCCAAGCUCAGACGCACAGAACCGGCUAGCUGCUAGGGCGAUUAGUCCCCGCCUCGUGGACGGGGAAACUGAGGCGGAACGAGAAGAGCACACGCUCUCAGCCGAGGCCGUCCGCCCCUCCCCUGGCCCGGGAGCAUCUCUGCCCCCCGCAGACCGUUUUCUGGGGCGGAGUCUUCGUUCUCUUCUGCACUUGGGAACUUGGAACGGACUCUUGCCGCCGGUUCCACCCCGGUCCCCGGCUCGGCUCGGGGCGCGCCGGAAGUGCUCCUACAGAGGCCGGCGGGGCGGCGCGCGGCCCUUCACCACGGCGACGUCUGGGGCCCCGCGGCGUUUCUGCCGCUGCGCCUGCUUCUGCUCCGAGAACUUGUACGUGGCGCGCUACGGGCUCCACGUGCGCUUCCGGGGCGAGCAGCAGCUGCGCCGGGACUAUGGCCCGAUCCUGCGCAGCCGAGGGUGUGUCAGCCCCAAGGACUUCCAGCAGCUGUUAGGAGAGCUUGAACAGGAGGUGGAGCGACGGCAGCGGCUGGGGCAGGAGUCGGCUGCCAGGAAAGCCCUCAUUUCGAGCUCCUACCACCCAGCGCGGCCUGAUGUCUACAACACGCUGCAGGACGAGGCUCUGGCCCCUGAGUUUUUGGCUGCAGCUGAGUACAGCACAUCACCGGGUGCAGACCUUGAAGGCCUUCUCCAGCGGCUGGAGACGGUGUCUGGGGCGAAGCGUAUCUACCGGCUGCCGGUGCUCACAGCACCAUUCUGCCAGGCCCUGCUGCAGGAGCUGGAGCACUUCGAGCAGUCAGACAUGCCCAAGGGAAGACCCAACACCAUGAACAAUUAUGGGGUGCUGCUGCACGAGCUAGGCCUGGAUGAGCAGCUGGUGACGCCCCUGCGGGAGCGCUUCCUGCAGCCACUGACAGCGCUGCUGUAUCCAGACUGUGGAGGGGGCUGGCUUGACAGCCACCGGGCCUUCGUGGUCAAAUACGCGCCAGGCCAGGACCGUGAGCUCGGCUGCCACUAUGAUAACGCCGAGCUCACCCUCAACGUGGCCCUUGGCAAGGCCUUCACGGGGGGCGCCCUGUACUUCGGGGGCCUCUUCCAGGCGCCUUCAGCCCUGGCCCAGCCCCUGGAGGUGGAGCACGUGGUGGGCCAGGGCAUCCUGCACCGGGGCGGCCAGCUGCACGGGGCCCGGCCCCUGGGCACGGGCGAGCGCUGGAACCUCGUCAUCUGGCUCCGGGCCUCUGCUGUGCGUAACCGCCUGUGCCCCAUGUGCUGCCGCAAACCUGACCUGGUGGACGACGAGGGCUUCGGCGACGGCUUCACCCGCGAGGAGCCCCCCGUGGUGGAUGUGUGCGCUCUGACUUGAGCCAGGCCGGGCCGUGUGGGGGUAGCAUGGCAGGUGAGGGCUCUGCCUCUUGGGUAGGGUGGGACAGGAAUAAACUCCCUGCAGCCCUCAGGCACUUCUUGGUUCAAAAGGACACACCAGCUUCUGCGUCAUUCUUUCCCCAGACAAGCUGGCUUGGGUCAGGUUUGUCAGAGCCAGAGCCUGAGAUGGGGAUUCC